CGGAACAACAAAGCACGAAAGACUGAGCCCGAGCCUUGGGGGCUCCUAGCAACGGGCCGGGGCGGGAGUUCCAUGGAGACUGGGGAGCGCGCCCGCCUCAUCUUCAUCCUUUUCCUCCAGCUUAUCCUUUGCUUCCGAAGCCACCGGCACCAGCGCUGCCGCCGGGUUCUCUGCCGCCGCCGCCUCUUCCCACGGAUGUGAUCUCCGUGGUGGGAAGCUAAGUUUUUAAACUACUCCAAUGGAUGCAGACAGUGAUGUUGCAUUGGACAUUCUAAUUACAAAUGUAGUCUGUGUUUUUAGAACAAGAUGCCAUUUGAACUUAAGGAAGAUUGCUUUGGAGGGAGCAAAUGUAAUUUAUAAGCGUGACGUUGGAAAAGUAUUAAUGAAGCUUAGAAAACCUAGAAUUACAGCUACAAUUUGGUCCUCAGGAAAAAUUAUUUGCACUGGAGCAACAAGUGAAGAAGAAGCUAAAUUUGGUGCCAGACGUUUAGCCCGCAGUCUGCAGAAACUAGGUUUUCAGGUAAUAUUUACAGAUUUUAAGGUUGUUAAUGUUUUGGCAGUGUGUAACAUGCCAUUUGAAAUCCGUUUGCCAGAAUUCACAAAGAACAAUAGACCUCAUGCCAGUUAUGAACCUGAGCUUCAUCCUGCUGUGUGCUAUCGGAUAAAAUCUCUAAGAGCUACAUUACAGAUUUUUUCAACAGGAAGUAUCACAGUAACAGGGCCCAAUGUAAAAGCUGUUGCUACUGCUGUGGAACAGAUUUACCCAUUUGUGUUUGAAAGCAGGAAAGAGAUUUUAUAAUUUGUCACUUAAUUGGUUAGAAUCCCUAACUGAGCACCUUUUAAAACCUGCUGCACAUUGGACUCAAAACAAAAGGAAAACUGGACCAACAGUAAUUGAGGAAAUAGACUCUUUUAUUCUUCACAGCUACAGUGUAAGCUCCAGGCCCUUUGGAUUUUAUUUCAAACCUUGCUGUAAUAUGAAAAGGAAGUUUACAAGACAUGACAUUGCUGCUUUUACAAAAGGACAUUCUAUUUAUUUUCGCAGUAAUUCUCAUGUCCCCAUAAGCAGAGCUGUCACAGUGUGCACUACCUUAAAUUGAUUUGUUAUCGUCAUUUUUUUCCAGUUCGAGCUAAUGUGUUUUAUUUGUGAAUAGUCUUUUACAUUUUUGUAUGCUGAAUAUGGGCACCAAAGAACCUGUAAAAAUUAUCUUUUUCAAUUGAAUGUGCACAAAUAAAAGUUUGGAAAAGAUUUCUCCUCAUAUCCAUUCUGUAACCUUUAUUCCCCAUUUUCGAUUUUAACAAAUUGUAUUCAUAAUUCUUUUUCUUUUUUAAUCUAUGCAAGCUUAGACUUUUGCUGAAGUAUGUUGGCUUCUUUUUGAAGUGUAUUUUGUAAAUAUAUAUGCCACAUGUGUAUAGUAUCUUUUAAUGCUCUGUUACCAAAUAUCAAAUAGGAAUUUUUUUCUUGCAGAUUAGAAUUAAAACAUGUAUAUAAGUUCUAGGGAACGACAGUAGAACUUUCAAGAUUAGGCAUAAUGUUUUGUGUUGCUUAUUUAAUAUGAUAGAAAAUGUUAAAUAUCUUUUAAAAGUUAUGAAGUUGUAGUUUUAAAAAGAGAAACUUCUUACCUACAGGAUGGAUAUGAGAAAGAAACUGAUGGGUUGUACCUCACAUAUUUACUUUUGUUUUUCUGGAAAGACUCAACUCUAGUUGUAGGAAAGUAAUCAUCUUAGGUUGGUGCUCAAGGGUAUACCAGGAGUCUUGUCAGAAGUUGAUACAUUGUGCUGUUUUAACAAGAAGUGCCCACAAGCUGCCUCUGUGCCACAGUAUAAUUAUAAUACAGUUCAAUUUGAACUUGAAAGCCAUUUUGCAAGAUAUGUCUUUCCCCUUGCUGUGUCUUAUUUAAUGGAGCUAAAGAGUGACUUCAGUACAUACAAUUGCUAAUCAUAAAAAUAAAAUAAAUAAGCAUUUGUGAAGCAGUGGUCUCGGGCUCACCCAGGAAUGCAGCAUCAAGCUGCAGGCGUGCUCUGCCACUUCCACUUAGGAGUAUAACCAACAGUGUUUUUAUGUAGAAAUAAAGCUGAGUGGGGAGUCCAAUUAUCUUCUUAGUAGAAACUUAAUUAAUACAGACAAUAGUCUAACACAAUCUUUCACUAAAGCCUGAAUUUCCAAAAUGUUUUGAAACCUUUGUUGGAAAAUUGCAGCUUCUUAAUCUCCAUAUUCUCGUACAUUUUUCUGAGCAUAUUAUCAAAUCUGGACCUAGUUCAAGUGCUGCUCGGAAGAACAGUACACACUAUUUCAUGUUUAUUUUUAUUUUCUUCCUUCUGGUUGCCUUCCCCUGUUCUGCCUCUCACUAUCUCAAAGUGGGGGCCAGAGGCUGACUUUUAUACUUUCUUUCUUGUAAAAGUGAUUUUCAGGCUUCUAUCCACUCUUUUUUUAAACAUUGUAUUUAUUUGCUUCAUUUUAAGAUCCAAUAGGAUAGGUAACCUCACAAAAUAUAGAGAAUAAAAUUCAAUGAAAAAGUUACAGGUUCUGGGCAGACUGUUUUAAAAAUUUGAGAUUUUCCAUUUAGUUUUAGUUAACAGUAAUAAGUGACUUCCUGACUUGCAAUGUUCACAAAGAAAUAUAGAAAAGGGGAAACUUGAUUAUAUGGUCAAGGUGCAAAUCCAGAUGCCAUAACAUUUUCAGUAUUCAAGUGACUUGAAAACUGGGUAGAUCCGUAGCUCAUCAGAAUGCUUUCCCAGAACAGAAGACAAUCUCAGCAGGUCUGGUUUUAAUACUGCUUCAUGAGUGUCACUGGAAGAUUCUCACAGAUAACCCACUUAACCUAAAAAAGCUGGUAAGAAACAAGUGUGUCUUAUGUCUUCUGCUGGCUUUUCACAAGUGCUGUAAGUUUUUUUUUAUAAAUAAAAACUGUGAAUAUAUACAUACAA